AGCGUUUAGGGUUGGUGUUAAAGCUGUGUUGCACGCCGUAUAUUCAAAAUUAAAUAAUUCAUAUAAUUUAAAAUCAAAGGUAGUAUUGUUAUGUUGUCUGCAGGAAAUAGAGGCUUUUUCAUAUCCUUGUGGAAAGAGUCCGCCAUUUACAAUCUGGCUAAGGAGAGGUCAGAACCCAGAUCCCAUCCCUGUUUCAUUCGUUUAUUUUCUUAGUUGGGUUUCUGUUUUUUGAAAACAAAAAUCAUGUUUUCUGUUUUGGAUUCUUCAUUAUCAGUUUUUCUGGCCAGCUUUUUUUAUGCAUGAUUUAGUUUUGGUUCUCCUAAUUGGUGAAGAUUUUCUUUCACUCUGGCCGCAUCAACAAAAUCAUAUCUUUCUCGCACCUCUAAAAGGGUGUGGGGUGACAGAGAAAGAGUGAUUUUGCUGUGUGUUUUAAGAAGAUCAAGAUCAUCACAUGUUUGGAGAUUGUGCCGUGUUUCAGAGGGUUUAUCACUUGAUUAUGGCUAAGGCCAGUUCGGGUUAAGUUUUUGGAAGCUUGAUGGUAGCUUGUCAUUGUAUUUAGAAAUAUUAGGUCUUCCUUUCUAAGGUUAUAGACACGAAUGAGCAGAUUACUUUGUUGUUAUUUUUUAUUUAUGCAAGAGAAAAAGUAGACCAUGUGGAUGUAGCUUUGCUUCCACAAUGGUUAGGUUUUCGUGUUUCAACGGUCACAUCCAUUCCCACAAAGCUAGGAAAACUGUUCAAUCUUCCACUGAAGCAAUGCAUAAAAGUUUGGAAGAUUGUUCUCAGAACCCAUUGAAGGAUUCUUAUAACCAAGAAAACCCCUUAUUGUCGAAGGUGCAAGGAGAUGCCCAAGUUAAUAACAGCAAGCAUGUUUCUUCUAUUGAGCGUGGUUGGAAAUCAGAGGACAUAAAGAGCAAAUUUAUCAUUGAUGGUGAGUCGAAGGUUGAUAAGGUAGGGCGCCUUAAGAAAAGCCAGUCUUUGGGUAGUGGAUUGUUUCAGGAGGGGAGGUUUUCUGCAGACAAUGACACUGAAGAUGAGACAGAUCAAGGAUUAUCUUGUGAUGAUUCCCCAAAUCAUAAUGGAUUUGUGUCAAAAGAUGGAAACAAAGAUCAAGAAGUAAUCCCAUCAGAUCCAUAUCAGAAAGCUCCUAUCUUGGACUCUUUUCAAGGAAGUUCUGAAAUUGUGCACAAUGAAUCCAUUUUCUCCAUUGGGGAUCCACUGCAUUCAGAAAAAGGCCUAGAGAAUUGUGAGAUUCCAUUAUCUAGCGAAUGUGCUGGUGAGUGUGGUGACCACAGUCCUCGAACCACACCUGUGAUUGUUAAAUCAUGUUCUGUACCCAACCUUGGCACCUCUACACCAGUUUCUGGACAUUUAUUGCAUUUAGCUCCUCGUUCAAGAUCUUGUGAGGAUCUGCAUGUUUUGGACUCUAGGCACAAAGCAGUUUCAAUUCAUGAGGUCGAAAAUCAGUUCAAGCGGGAACAAGUCAUAGAUGACAAUGUUGUUAAAGCUGAGAAAAAUUAUUUUGAAAAUUCUGUUGAUGAUGGUUAUGAUUCAUGUAAUUAUUCUGGUUUGGCAAAGGACUGGAUAAUGCCAGUUCUAGAAGAGGAAGAGACGGGGAAAAACCUCCAACGAGAAUCCUCAAAUGACCAUUGGGCUGAAUUGCGAAAUAAAGAUUUUAAGAUUAAGCGUAUUGAAGAGUGGGUUAAUGAACUUCAGUAUUGCAGCCCGUUGGAGGAAACAAAUGAAUCACCCCAAUCUAGUGUUCAAUUUAAGAGAGAUUCAAAUGGUUUGGCUGCAGGAAAGAUGGAAGAUAAGAUCAUUCCUGGCAUGGAAGCGGCAAAAAGAUAUAUAUCUUCUUUGAAUGCAGUUGCUACUACAGCUCAGCUGGCAAAUCUUGGAUUGGUUGUAAUCCCAUUUCUUAGUGCAUUUGUAGGUCUGAAGGUGCUGAAUCUAUCAGGAAAUGCCAUAGUGAGAAUAAGUGCCGGUGCUCUUCCUCGCGGACUUCAUAUGUUGAAUCUUUCGAAAAACAAUAUUUCCACUAUUGAGGGUUUGCGUGAACUCACAAGGCUUCGCAUACUGGACUUAAGUUACAACAGAAUUUUCAGAAUUGGACAUGGUCUAGCUUAUUGUUCAUCGUUGAAGGAGUUGUACUUGGCUGGAAACAAGAUCAGUGAGGUAGAGGGUCUUCACCGCCUCUUAAAAUUGACUGUGUUGGAUCUGCGCUUUAACAAAAUCUCAACUGCUAAAUGUCUUGGCCAACUUGCUGCUAACUACAAUUCUUUGCAAGCCAUAAGCUUGGAAGGGAAUCCAGCGCAAAAGAACGUUGGAGAUGACCAGUUGAAGAAAUAUCUUCAAGGCCUUCUUCCUCAUUUGGCUUAUGUCAACAGGCAACCUAUGAAAGCCAGCACUUUGAAGGAUGCUGCAGAUAGAUCAGUUCGGUUAGGCAGCAGUUCCUAUCAGUUUGAUCGUAGCCUUAGACCAGAUCAUAAGGCUACAAGGAAGGCUAGCCACUCUACUCAGAGGCCAUCUUCUUCAUCAGGCCAUGGUCGUGGAAGUCAAGCAGUACAGUCACCAAAACGGAUUAGGGCCAGGCAUGGACGUCUGCCUCCUUCAAGUGGAACUAAAGCAACGGCCUACAAUCGUAGUCAAUAUUAUGACUUUACCAGCAAAAUUCUCAACUUCAGACCAGAAGAUCUCUCCAUGCGCAGGAGCCGAAGUGAGGGAACUUUGGGAGCUUUUUGAGGUCGUUUUCAUGUUUUCGAGCACAGUUUGGUAUGGAUUAUAUCAUGUGGGUUUCCUGAUUUGGUAUGGAUUAUGUCAUGUGGGUUUCCCAAUUUUCUUUCAUUGUUAAUGGCCAUUUGAUUUGUGCCUCCACAAACCGAGUUUAUUGUUCUUUGUGCUUUGAAUUAGACUUGUAAGCAUUUCAGAUUAUUUCUUUGUAGUUUGUCUUCCUGUUAUAAGCUACAAACUUGUGCUUGCAAAAGAAUAAGAGACAGGGGAGUGGAAUUAUAACUAUAAUAUAUGCUCUGAUGGGCAAACCAUAUAUUUUUUUGAC